CACUUGAGAUGUCGUGCUCAGUACCAUGCUCUUCAGUUCGCGGGCCCUAUUUUAAGCAUGGGUCUUCAGGCUGUUCAGAAGCUUCAGAGCACUGGUCCUUACGUAGCUGUUCAUCUACGAUAUGAACCUGACUGGAUUGUCCAUACAGGCUGCCUGUAUGAUGAAGCAACAAAUGCGUACAUGAAGAAAUGGGCGUCUGAGAGAAACAUUCCGUUUCAGUCCAACGUUACAGAAAACGAAUUGAGAAAACAAGCAGGUCUUUGCCCCAUAACCCCUCAAGAGACGGCUCACAUUCUGAAGGCUUUGGAAGUUGACAAUAUGACUACCAUCUACAUUGCUGGAGGAACGAUGAAUGAUGGAGCAAGGCUUAUGAGGCCAUUGCAUCGAGCAUUUCCUCGCCACAUUGCAACGAAGAAUGACUUAUUGAAAAGCACAGGAAACGAGCUGGUCGGCAGACCAUCUGUGCUUGCUGCUAUCGACUACAUUGUCUGCCUUCACAGUGACUUCUUUAUGAUGACUGCUGGUGGCAACAUGGGAAUGAUGCUACGAGGUCACCGCUUCUACCUUGGGGAUUUCAAA